UGUAUUGAAACCAAAGGCAGCUUUAGCGUUUUGAAACGAAAGGCGGCUUUAGCGUUAUCAAACCAAAGGCGUCUUUAGCGUUUUCAAACCUUAGGUAACCUUAGCAUUUUCAAUCCUUACGCAGCUUUAAUGUUUUCAAACCAAAGGCAGCUUUAGCAUUUUCAAACCAAAGGCGGAUUUAGUGUUUUCAAACCAAAGGCAGGUUAACGUUUUCAAACCAAAAGCGGCUUUAGCGUUUUCAAACCAAAGGCAGCUUUAGCGUUUUCAAACAAAGGCAAGUUUAGCGUUUUCAAACCUAAGGCGGGUUUAGUAGAAUGUUAUAAUAGAAUUUAAUAGAAUUUACUAGAAUGUUGCCUGGGUUUCAACAACUAAGUUACAGAGAUAGGUUGAAUAAGUUAGGUCUUUAUUGUCUGGAGCGCAGAAGGUUAAGGGGGGAUCUGAUAGAGGUCUUUAAGAUAAUGAGAGGGAUAGACAGAGUUGAUGUGGACAAGCUUUUCCCUUUGAGAAUAGGGAAGAUUCAAACAAGAGGACAUGACUUCAGAAUUAAGGGACAGAAGUUUAGGGGUAAUAUGAGGGGGAACUUCUUUACGCAGAGAGUGGUGGCGGUGUGGAAUGAGCUCCCAGUGGAAGUGGUGGAGGCAGGUUCAUUGGUAUCAUUUAAAAAUAAAUUGGAUAGGCAUAUGGAUGAGAAGGGAAUGGAGGGUUAUGGUAUGAGUGCAGGCAGGUGGGACUAAGGGGAAACAAAAUUUGUUCGGCAUGGACUUGUAGGGCCGAGAUGGCCUGUUCCCGUGCUGUAAUUGUUAUAUGGUUAUAUGGUUAUAUGGUAGUGUUUUCAAGCAAAAGGAGGCUUUAGCAUUUUCAAAGCAUUUUCAAAGCUUAUGCAACUUAUGCAACUUUAGCUUUUUCAAACCUUAGGAAAGUUUAGCGUUUUCAAACCAAAGGCAGCUUUAGCGUUUUGAAAGCAGAGAGAUCUUUAGCGUUUUGAAACCUUAGGCAACUUUCAUGUUUUCAAACCAUAGGCAACUUUUGCGUUUUUAAACCAAAGGCAGCUUUGAAAUUUUCAAACCAAAGGCAGCUUUAGCAUUAGCAAACCCAAGGCAACGUUAGCGUUUGAAACCAAAGGCAGCUUUAGCGUUUUCAAACCAUAGGCAACUUUAGCGUUUCAAACCUUAGGCAGCUUUAGAGUUUUCAAACCAAAGGCGGGUUUAGCGUUUUCAAAAUCUUAGGCAACUUUAGCAUUUUCAACCCUUAGGCAACUUUAGUUUUUUCAAACCUCAUGGAGCUUUAGCGUUUUGAAACCAAAGGCAGCUUUAGCAUUUUGAAACCAAAGGCAGCUUAGCGUUUUGAAACCAAAGGCAGCAUUAGCAUUUUGAAACCAAAGGCAGCAUUAGCAUUUUGAAACCAAAGGCAGCUUAGCGUUUUGAAACCAAAGGCGGCAUUAUUUGAGAAGGGGAACGUUAAAUUCGAAGUGUCAGUGAUGCAGUUGAACAAAGGGGACUAUGAAGGCAAGAGAGGGGAGCUGGCCAAGGUUGACUGGAAAGAGAUCCUAGCAGGAAUGACGGUGGAACAGCAAUGGCAGGAAUUUCUGGGCAUAAUCCGGAAGACGCAGGAUCAUUUCAUUCCAAAAAGGAAGAAAGAUUCUAAGGGGAGAAGGAGGCAACCGUGGCUGACAAGAGAAGUUAGGGUCAGAAUACAACUAAAAGAAAAGAUGUAUAACACAGCAAAGAGUAGCUGGAAGCCAGAGGAUUGGGAAACUUUCAUAGGACAACAGAAGGAAACAAAACGGGCAAUACGGGCUGAAAAGAUGAAGUACGAAGGGAAGCUGGCCAGGAAUAUAAAGAGGGCAGUAAAAGCUUCUUUAGAUAUGUUAAGGGAAAAAGAGUAGCAAAGUCAAAUGUGGGUCCCUUGAAGGCAGACAUGGGUGAAAUUAUUAUGGGCAACAAGGAAAUUGCAGAGGAGAGUUGAAUAGGUACUUUGAAUCUGUCUUCACUCAGGAAGGCACAAACAAUCUCCCAGAUGAACUGGAGGACAGAGGAUCUAAGGGGGUAGAGGAACUGAAAGACAUUUUCAUUAGGCGGGAAAUAGUAUUGGGUAUGCUAAUGGGACUGAAGGAUGAUAAAUCCCCUGGGCCUGAUGGUCUGCAUCAUAGGGUCCUCAGGGAGGUGGCUCCAGAUAUAGUGGAUGCAUAGGUGAUCAUUUUCCAAUGUUCAAUAGAUUCAGGAUCAGUUCCUGUGGAUUGGAGGAUAGCUAGUGUUAUCCCAUUUUUCAAGAAAGGAGCGUGAGAGAAAACGGGGAAUUACAGACCAGUUAGCCUGACUUCGGUGGUGGAAAAAUGUUCGCAAUGUUGGGAGAGUCCAGAUCCAGGGGCCCCAGUCUUAGAAUAAAGUGGAGGUCAUUUAAGACUGAGGUGAGAAAAAACUUUUUCACCCAGAGAGUUGUGAAUUUAUGGAAUUCCCUGCCAGAGGCCAAGUCACUGGAUGGAUUUAAGAGAGAGUUAGAUGGAGCUCUAGGGGCUAGUGGAGUCAAGGUAUAUGGGGAGAAGGCAGGCACGGGUUAUUGAUAGGGGACAAUGAAUGCCCCAUGACGGUGCUGGCUCGAUGGGUCGAAUGGCCUCCUCCUUCACCUAUUUUCUAUGUGUCUAUGUUUUACCGUUUUCAAACCAAAGGCGGCUUUAACGUUUUGAAACCAAAGGCGGCUUUAGCGUUUUGAAACCAAAGGCAGCUUUAGCGUUUUGAAACCAAAGGCGUCUUUAGCGUUUUGAAACCAAAGGGCAGCUUUAGUGUCUUCAAACCAAAGGCUACACAGCUUUAGCAUUUUCAAACCAAAGGCUACGCAGCUUUAGCGUUUUCAAACCAAAACACAGUUUUGCAUUUUCAAACCACAUUAAGGGCACUGACAGGUCAGUAAAACCACUUACAGUUUAGUAGACAUGUUUUCAGUGUUAUUCACAGGUCAGAAUGAGAUCUGUGACCUGUCGCUACCUCCCGAUGUUGCAGAGAACUGAGACACCUCUACACUUGCGGGUUUUAUAGUCCCUGAGGAACGGGUGUGGCCUUCAUGGCGUGAUGAACAAGAGAGAGAUUCUCAACAUUUUUUAAACAUUAAUAAGUCUCAUUUUUCAUCAAUGGGAAAAAUCCUCUGGCCCUGCGCAGCGGAUGGGGACUCUGAGUAAGAUGGCCAAAAAUCACUGCCGUAAGUGGUAGCGUUUUUUCUAAAAUCAAUAUGCAGUGCAACAGGAAGUGGUCAAGAUCAGAGUUUUAAUUAUAUAGAUUUAGCUAACAAACCUGUACGUCUUUGGAGUGUGGGUGGAAGCCGGAGCACCUGGAGAAAGUCCACGGAGGUCACGGGGAGGAUGUAAAAACUCCGUACAGAUAGCACCCGUAGUCGGGAUCGAACCUGGGGCUCUGGUGCUGUGAGGCAGCAACUCUACCGCUGCACCACCAUGCUACAGCUCAGCUGCUCUACCUCUCAGUCAGACCAUUUAUCUCGGCACCAUUUAACGCCAUACUCUCAAUUCCAUAAUAUCAAGGCCAGUCACCUCGGUGUUGUACUGGUCUCAAGGACUGGUUGAGGAGGCUUCGUCGGUUGUGCGUGAAACAGGUCAACAUCGUCUUUAGUUUAGAGGUACAGCGUGGAAACACGCCUUUCAGCCCACCGUGUCCGUGCAGACCAACGAUCACCCUUACACCGGUAGUCAGGAUUGAACCCGGGUCUCUGGCGCUGUAAGGCUGUAGCUCUACUGCUGCACCACUGUGCCGCCUCUGCCCUUGCACUCUGAUGGCUUGCUUUGUCCUGCAUAGGACAGGUUUUGUCUGGGCCACAGCCAGACAUAAAAACAGUAUUUUUCCAUGAGCAGUAGCUCUACUCAACAGCCAAAAGUCUGCAGGCUCUUUUUACUCUGGUACUUUAUUUCCACGUGUUUAAAUUAUAAUGGUUUAUUUUUAAUUGUCUACUGUAUAUCAUGUUCUUAUCCUUGCAAGCAAAGCAUCAAGGCAAGUUCCUUGUAUGUAUACAUACUUGGCUAAUAAAAUUAUAUUGAUUAUUAUUAUUAUUAAUAUUAUUAUUAUUAUAGGUUGACAGAUGAACAGAAGCAGCUACUGACUGCACUGGCGCUGCUGGAGGAGCAGCUCAGCCAGACACGGCUGGAUCUGCAGGCUGCACGAGCGGCACAGAAGGACAUGGACUCCAGCAUGCGAGCAAUGGAAAUCAGUGUGAAAAGUAUAACUGAUAAGGAGACGGUGUUGCUCCCACUUGUCCACAAGCUGCUCUUCGGUUCAUCACAAGACAGCACAGGGGAACCACUGACAGCACAGCUGGUGCAUCGCCAGGAACUCGAGGCCCUCCUCAUUGGCUUGGAGAAGAAGAUCCGCUCAGAUGCUUCACUUCAUCGUGGUCCUGCAAUGGAGGCACACUCGGCAUCUGUCAGAGCAGGGAUUAUCAAGGAAGUGGAAUGCAUUGUGGAGCAAGCCCUGAAACUGUACAGCGCUGACAGGGUUGGAUUGGUGGAUUAUGCACUGGAAUCUGCUGCAAAGCUGGUUGGGAGACCCCGGACUGCGAAUACGGCAUAUGUGUGCGCCGGCAUUGGAUGGUCGUCGUUGGUUCAUGCUCGUUGACGGGCUUCGCAUCAAUCUACUAGUACCCUGGACAAUGAAUAUUGCUUGUACCCCAACCAAUGACAAGAGUUAGCGGAGUUUAUAAAAACCGAAAUCCUCCCGCUGCUGAUGUCACAACCAAAGGGACAGAAGGAUUGACUUCAAUGAGAUCCUCGCUAUCUACAGAACGCCAUGCUGCACCAAGUUUUCAUCCAGGAAUUUGAAGAAUGCAGCACCGACCGCAGCUAAAGAGAUUCACGAGAUAAGAGCGAAAUGUAGAGUUCCAAUGC